AUGAAUACGGUUUGUCCAAUCUGCUCAAAACCAAUUUCAGAGAGCUUACUAGAAAGACAUGUCAAUUCAUGUUUAGACGGACAAGAAAAACCCGAGGUUAUAGCUACUGAAACAAAGAAACGCGAUGCAUUUAGCGCGUUAGGUUUAAAAGCUGACUCACAGAAGAAGAAGAGCAAGACUGAAGCUAAACGGAGUAAUAGUUUUCAAGAUAAGAGCUUUGAAGGAUCACUACAACCAAAGACUCAGGAAGAUCAACCACUUGAAAUACAACCACCACCAUCAUCAUCACCACCACCAAGAGAUCCAGCAAAAGAGUUAGCAGAAUUGAAAAGAAAACUGGGUAUACCUUUAGCUCAUAGAUUACGACCUAAAACUCUAGAUGAAUUUAUUGGACAAGAACAUGUGCUAGGAGAAGGAGCUACUUUAAGUAAUAUUAUAAAAUCUGACCAAAUUCCUUCGUUUAUAUUAUGGGGUCCACCAGGUUCAGGUAAAACUACAUUAUGUAGAGUUAUUGCAAAAGAGAGCUCUCACAAAUUUGUUGAAUUAUCAGCAGCUGAUAGUGGAGCCAAAAAUUUGAAAGAAGUUUUUACUCAAGCCGAAAAUCACAGAAAAUUAACGGGUCAAAGGACUAUUUUAUUUGUUGAUGAAAUUCAUAGGUUUAAUAAAUUGGUUCAAGAUAUUUUACUACCUCAUGUUGAAAAAGGAACAUGUACUGUUAUUGGCGCAACUACUGAAAAUCCUUCUUUUUCAUUGAACAAUGCCUUACUUUCAAGAAUGCAUGUAUUUGUAUUGGAACCAUUCAAUAACGAAUCCAUUAUGAAGAUUUUAAAUAGAGCAUUAUUUGAAGUUAACAAAAUGAGGAAACUUUUAUAUCAUUUGCCUUAUUUGUCUAUUGAUAAAGACGGAUUUAGAUAUAUAUCAGAGUUAUGUAUGGGUGAUUCUAGAGUAGCUUUGAAUAUACUAGAGACAGUAAAUGCAUAUUCCUCAGCCAAUAAAGAAGAGAAAAAUGACGAACCUACAAAAGUAACUGUUGAUGAUCUUAAAUCAAUUUUGAAGGCUAGAAAUUUCCAUCAAAUGUAUGAUAAGAAUGGUGAUGCUCAUUACGAUAUUAUAAGUGCUUUUCACAAGUCAAUACGCGGUUCAGAUGUUGAUGCGGCAAUGUUUUAUUUAGUGAAAAUGCUUUCAGGAGGUGAGGAUCCACUUUUUAUACUACGAAGGAUGACAGUAAUUGCAAGUGAAGAUAUUGGAUUAAGAGAUGGUUCGUGUUUACCUUUCAUGGUAGCUGCAAAACAAGCAUUUGAGUUUGUUGGUAUGCCAGAAGGUGAAAUAAUUUUAGCUCAUUGUACUACAAAACUAGCAAGAGCUCCAAAAUCAACAAGAUCUUAUAGAGCUUUGAGGUCAGCUCAAACUUAUAUUAAGGAAAACCCCGAUGUUUUGAGAUUACCAGUACCAAUUCAUUUGAAGAAUGCACCAACAAGAUUAAUGAAGUCAAUGGGUUUUGGCGAAGAUUAUAAGUAUAAUCCAAAUUAUGAAAAUGGAGUAGUAAAACAAAAGUACUUUCCGAAUGAUAUGGAACCAGUGAAGUUUUUCCAAGAUACUAAUUUGGGAAGUAUGAGAGAUCCGGGGGUUUCAAAUGAUGUUUAUGAGAAGGAAAAAGCUGUGGUUGAUGAAUAUAACGAUUACAUACAAUGGGUGAAAGAACGAAAAAAGAGGAGAGAAUCAAAAGCAGAAGAGCCAGAGGAAAAAGUAGUGGAUGAAAUGAAAAUCACUGAGGGCAAUAAAGUCGACAAUAACGAUGAUACAGCUGUAGAUGAAAUUAGUGAAUAUUCAGAUGACCCAGAUUGUACGAAUAAUUUUGGUAAAUCAUAUGAUGAGUUUCUAGAUAGAGAUUCUCAACCGGAUUAUUACAACGAAUUUAGUGAAAGUAUGAAAUAG